AUGUUCCCGCCUCUCCUCCAGGUCCCCACCCUCGCCUCCAUUGCAGAAGUCGAUGCAUUCAUCAAAGUCGCAGCCCAAACACUCAUCCAAGGCGAAGAGCAGGGCAAGUUGUUCGAAAAACGCAUUUGGAACGAGUCCUACAGAUAUCGCUGUUUGCGCCUCCUCAAGCACGUGUAUGGCUCGAAUCCUACUGUCGACAGGCGGUUCCGCGAAGGUUUCGAACGUAAUGCGCGUUCUCUUGAAGAGACGAGCGCAACCUCGGACCUGUUCCAUCUGCGCGCGUUCGAAACUGGCUUUGGAGCUCUCAACGAUGCUAACGCGGGCUGUUUCGGUGGCGGGCGCGUCAAGCGGUUCCUUGACCUCGGCUGCUCUCCUGGCGGUUUCUCCUCCUGGCUUUUGAAGAAUAACCCCGACACGAAGGGUACAGGUGUUACCCUGCCUGAGGAGCACGCCAAGCUCCCUGUGCAGGUUGAACCAGCGUUGCGCUCUCAUGGACGGUAUCAGGUGAUCUACGAAGACAUCAUCGACAUUGGCGUGAAAGCGUUGGAGCAGAAUAUGUGUCCGUCGAUCCCGCUGGACGACAGUUUUACUGGGCUUUACGACCUCGUCAUUGCUGGGGCCUUCCCAACGAUGCAGGGCCGCGCGCCAUGGUGGCAUCGGGUUCAGCUACUCCUUUCCCAACUGCUUAUUGUCUUGACCCAUGUGGCACAGGGUGGCUCCGUCCUCGUGUUGGUAAAAACAAAGCCGCAGCUUUUGACCAUGGAUAUCUUAGGUGUGCUCCAGCAGGUCUUCAGAUUCGUCCUUGCGCACAAGGCCGGUGGGCUGCAUUCCUAUUGCCAAUCGUCAAUGCUCGCAUCCCCUACAGAUCCUGCACUCAACCUCGCGAACCGUAUGCCGCUGCUCUCGGCCGAUUCGGCGGAACAGGUCUUCGACAAUCAAUACCGAUCUCUCCUGCAGCUCCUCCAACCUGUGUGGGAGUUGCAGUACAAGGCGAUCCGGAAGGACCUCGCACGUAUAUUGGCGCCGGAAAAAGAAGCCACGACUUCUCGGGCGAUGUCUGGUGUCGCUAGUACUGUGAACGUCGGCGUUGGUCGACCUCAUGGCAGAAAUCACAAAUCCGCAACGCAAAGUCACAAGCACAUAGGAAGCAAGACGUCCUCAAAGUCAGGCUCGUUGCUCCAAUUGACGCGAUCUCCGAGCAACGCCGAAAAAACUGCCAGCUGGCGGGCACGCCCUUGCACGGAUGGUGCCGUAGUUCCUGGUGACUUAUUUGGCCGCAAGAGGGGCAGUGGUCGACUCAGUGUUGCAGAACUGAGUACGACUUGGCGAGCCCGGCCGCGCAUGGAAUGA